CCGAUCCCUUAUGCAUGUGCCAUGAGAGUACAGGAUAUCUCCUUUUUAAUCGGAAGCACUGCUACACAGUAGUCUUCUUUUUCCUUGCACCGUUUUGCUCGAAAUACCACUUCAUCCCAAUCCCGUUCUUUUCCCAAAACCUUCCUAUACGGACAUACGGAUUAGAGGGAUUCAGUUUGUUACGCGCUCGGAGCCAGGAACGCCUUUACUGUUGCAGGCUCGUCUGAUCCACACAACCGAGGCUCCUCACGCCACGUACAUCGCAUAAUCUCGAACUGUAAACAGGACCAGAGCAGGCCGCUUAGUGUAUACUAGGUGAACAUGCCACCAUUAACAGGAGUUGAGGUCGCCAAGCACAACAGGUCUGAUGACUGCUGGGUCAUUGUGCAUGGGAGAGCAUACGACGUAACUGAGUUCUUACCUGAGCAUCCUGGAGGGACGAAGAUCAUCCUCAAAUAUGCCGGCAAAGAUGCGACAGAAGAGUUCGACCCGAUCCAUCCCCCGGAUACCCUCGAGAAAUACUUGCCCAAGUCCAAACACCUAGGGCCGGUGGACAUGUCGACAGUCGUCCAGGAGAAGGCUGAGGAGUCGCCGGAGGAAAAGGAGCGGAUGAAGCGUAUCCAGGAGAUGCCCUUGCUCGAGCAAUGCUACAACCUCCUCGACUUUGAGGCCGUCGCGCGACGGGUCAUGAAGAAGACUGCAUGGGGCUACUACUCCAGCGCAGCGGAUGACGAAAUCACACUGCGCGAAAACCACUCGGCCUUCCACCGCAUCUGGUUCCGUCCGCGCAUUCUCGUUGACGUCGAGAAAGUCGACUUCUCCACCACCAUGCUCGGCACCCCCUGCUCCAUCCCCUUCUACGUGACGGCCACCGCUCUCGGCAAGCUCGGCCACGUCGAAGGCGAAGUGGUCCUCACACGGUCUGCGCACAAGCACAACGUGAUCCAGAUGAUCCCCACACUCGCGUCGUGCGCCUUUGAUGAGAUCGUCGAUGCCGCGGGUCCUGGCCAGGUGCAAUGGCUGCAGCUGUACGUCAACAAGGACCGCGCCAUCACGAAGCGCAUCGUACAGCACGCAGAGAAGCGCGGGUGCAAGGGCCUGUUCAUCACCGUCGAUGCGCCGCAGCUCGGCCGCCGCGAGAAGGACAUGCGCACAAAAUUCACCGAGCAGGGCAGCAACGUGCAGAGCGGCCAGGCGACCGACACGUCGCAGGGCGCCGCCCGCGCCAUCAGCAGCUUCAUCGACCCGUCGCUCAGCUGGGCCGAUAUUCCCUGGUUCAAGUCCAUCACCAAGAUGCCCAUUGUGCUCAAGGGCGUGCAGCGCGUCGAGGACGUUGUGAAAGCCGUCGAGGCCGGGGUGCAGGGCGUUGUGCUAUCCAACCACGGCGGCCGCCAGCUCGAGUUUGCCCGCUCCGCGAUCGAGGUUCUCGCCGAGACGAUGCCGGUGCUGCGCGAGCUGGGGCUCGAGGACAAGAUUGAAAUUUACAUCGACGGCGGCAUCCGCCGCGCCACGGAUAUUCUCAAGGCGCUGUGCCUCGGCGCGAGAGCGGUGGGGAUUGGACGGCCGUUCUUGUAUGCCAUGUCCGCGUACGGCCAGGACGGUGUCGACCGCGCCAUGCAGCUGCUCAAGGACGAGAUGGAGAUGGGCAUGCGGCUGAUUGGCGCGAGGACCGUCUCAGAGCUGAAUGCCAGUAUGGUGGAUGCGAGGAGCCUGUUCAACCAUGGUUCGCCCCCGGCCGAUAGUCUGACACAUGCGGUCUAUGAUCCGCUAGUCAGUCCGGCGCAGAGGCUGGCGGUUACGGGGGAGAGGCCGGAGAAGGCCAAGCUAUGAGGGGGGAUGAUGGUUGGAUAGCGAGUUGGUUCUGGAUUCGGCACGCAUUCGAUUUAAUCGGACAUAUAUAGAUGAGCAGGAAGAACCCAAUUGCAACCUCUUGCAUCCUGCCCGCAACCUAGCCAAAACAGACAAAACUAGCACCAUUAGAACGAAGUAGACUAGCUCUAUUAAUCGCUUAGUAAUAUCAUUAGUCGAGGGCUUUAUAGUGCCUUUUUAGGCAUUACAGUCCUCGUUCCC